GAAAUGGAUGACGACAAGCUUUUUAUUCGGCUGAAGAGAGAAAAUCUUCCAUGCCCUCCCACAAUCUGCAAGAACAGGAUAAAAGUUUAUUACGUGUUCUAAUCAAUUUCAAAGCAAUAGCCACAAAUGUCAAUCUGUUACAGCUCUCCUUCUUGCACCGGAAAUUUCAUUUCCGGCGACCUUUUCCGGCGAGAAUGCAAGCUCUCCUUAAAACCUGGAAGGUUUUCUUGGUUUAAUUUUAAUGGGUUCGGGUCGUUACAAAUGGUUAGCUCUCAGAAGUCCACGUUAUCCCGUAUGGCUGUUGGCUCGAAUGUGAGCGAAGAUACAGAUGAUAUGUAUGAUGACUUGUUCAAGAAGUAUGGGAAGGUGGUCUUUAGAAGAAAUGACCAAAAGUCUACUAGCGCCGAGGUAGAUGACGAUGCUGAAAGUUUAGCGUUUUCUGUGGCAUUGGCUAAGGUUGCUAGUGAUGUUAAAGCUGCAGAUAUUAGAGUUCUUUUUGUGAAGCCUCUCGUGUACUGGACUCGGUUCUUUAUUGUUGCCACUGCAUUUUCACGACCCCAAAUUGAUGCCAUCGGGACCAGAAUAAGAGAUCUAGCAGAAAAACAGUAUGGAAGAACUGCAACGGGGGAUUCUAAACCUAACUCAUGGACCCUGUUGGACUUUGGUGAUGUAGUGGUGCAUAUAUUUCUUCCUCAGCAAAGGGCUUUGUACAACUUGGAAGAGUUCUAUGGCAAUGCAAAACAGAUUGAACUUCCUUUCGAAAACCAGCAACCAUUUCGCAGUUGAAAAUGCAGCUGGUAAUAUCCUUCGAUUCUCAACAUUAUAGUUAAAAUGAUUGGCUAAUCAAGAGGCAGUGGCAUCGUCUUCCUCCCAUGACAUCCCUCUGACAUCAGAAUCGCCAUAGUAGCUGCCAAGAGUAGCCCAGAUUUCUUGCAGCACCUACUUGUAUAAUUUGGAUUUGAAGUUAAUUAACAUUGAGAUGAUAGUGUAGUAUACAGUUCCUCAGUUGUUUAAUGUGAUGACUAGUUUUUCAAUUUAGCAAAAGGAAAAAAAUAAUAAUAAUUUUAUUUUUAACAA